ACUGUUGUAUUGGAUUGUGUUAGACUGCACAAGUGUUCCUGUGAAUGUAUAUUUUGUGUAUAUGUGCAAUCAAAUCAAUAAACCCCAUAUUGAAGAACUGUUCAUAUCAGUAUCACUGAGAUGAAGUAUGUGAGUGUGUUCCUUUUUUUCCUUUUCUUUACAUCAUUCACUAUUGCCCUUAUUAGGCUAAUUGGAUUGACUGGCCAAUCAGGAAGAGGCACCUCCUAAAUCAGGGUUUAAGCAGAGGGAAUUAAAGGGUGGAUCUCUGCUGGGCAGAGCUGCUGAAUUGACUUGAUCCUUGAGAGAGUCCCAUCUGAUCAUCUAAUCGAAAAGAGGCCAACAAAGCCAGGAAGGGUCAAGCACCUCCCUCCCAAUCCCCUUCCGCUUGGAAAUCACCUUUCAGCACGAUUAGUGCUGCACCCAGAUUCUCUGCAGCUGCUCACAGAGAACCGUCAAAAUUUCCAUCCUUGAGGAUCUUGAGUUGCUGGAGGAAGAAAGCAUGGGUGCGGGAGCAAGCGCAGAGGACAAAAAGUCCAAGGAGUUGGAAAAACAACUCCAAGAAGAUGCUGAUAAGGACUCUAAAACAGUCAAGCUAUUACUGCUUGGUGCUGGUGAGUCAGGAAAGAGCACCAUCGUAAAACAAAUGAAGAUUCUGCAUCAAGGAGGUUACACAAAAGAGGAACAAAUGGAGUUUAGAGCAAUCAUCUAUGGCAACAUCCUGCAGUCUGCUCUGGCUAUCAUCAGAGGCAUGGAGAUGCUGGGCGUUGAUUUUGGCUCGCCUAGUGGACAGGAGGAUGCACAGAAGCUGCAGAACUUGUCAGACUCCAUUGAGGAAGGCACAAUGCCUAAUGAGCUGGCUGAUGUCAUCAAGAAGCUGUGGAAAGACUCUGGUGUGCAGGCCGGCUUUGACAGAGCUGCUGAGUACCAACUCAACGACUCCGCUGGCUACUACCUCAAUGAAAUGGACAGAAUCUGCAAGCCAGACUACCUCCCCACCGAGCAGGAUGUGCUGCGAUCUCGAGUCAAAACAACUGGUAUCAUUGAAGAACAGUUCUCCUGCAAAGAGUUGCACUUCAGGAUGUUCGAUGUGGGCGGCCAGAGGUCAGAGAGAAAGAAGUGGAUCCAUUGUUUCGAGGGUGUGACCUGCAUCAUCUUCUGCGGAGCUCUCAGCGCAUACGACAUGGUGCUCGUAGAGGACGAUGAAGUGAACCGCAUGCACGAGUCCCUCCAUCUAUUCAACAGUAUCUGUAACCACAGAUUCUUUGCACUGACCUCCAUCGUACUUUUCCUCAACAAGAAGGAUCUCUUUGAGGAGAAGAUCAAGAAAGUUCAUCUGAGUAUCUGCUUCCCAGACUAUGACGGCCCCAACACGUACGAUGACGCCAGCAACUACAUCAAGUUGCAGUUCUUGGAACUGAACAUGAAGAAGGGUGUGAAAGAAAUCUACUCCCACUUGACCUGUGCCACAGACACAAAGAACGUCGAGAUUGUGUUCAACGCUGUGACAGACAUCAUCAUCAAAGAAAACCUUAAAGAUUGCGGUCUUUUCUAAGCAGCUCCAGAGUGAAAAGAGAACUCCCUUUCCUACCUUAACCCCUCACAUAUUGGCAUUAACUGAGAAGUGUACUGAUGGAGCAGAGGAUCCUCAGUUUGUUGCGCUCAUGCCAUCGCUUCCAUGCCAAGUCCUGGUCCUUGACUGCUCCUAGCACACCACCAUCUUCAACAGUACAUCCCUGCAACACAGCGCACGUCCAGCUGGGCUGACACAACCAUCAAAGUCACCAGAUCAUUGUUGUGGACAUACAGGUUUCUACAAGUUUUAAGAUUCUUCAGAUUUCUUGAGUACAGCAUUCGUCCCACACCAGAAGCUUCUGGUGCAAAACAAUAAAUCCGGGAGAAAAUAUUGAUAUUUUGAAUAGCAACAUUGCAACCUUGUUGUUCUUUUUGAGUACAGUAGUCUCUGUGUCUUGAUUAUAAAAACUGUAAAAAGUUCCUGAGUAAAUAUCUCAGAUAUUCCCAGUGCUUGCAGUGUAUCCAGAUUGCAAACCAAAUUGUACAUGUAUCUAAUCUAAAUAGUGUUAAUGUAUUCAACUCACUUAACAUUUUAAUGUGAUGAAUAAAUUUCUGAAGGUCAAACAUGGUAGAGAAACUUUGUACAUAAGAGUAGAUAAUUCAAUAUAUUUUGAAAGAUAAAUAAUUCAUAAAUCUAUAUGAAAUACAAGAGUGAGGGAAACAUUAGAGGGAUGAUGCUUUAUUAUGAAAAGGGAAUGAAAAUCUACUGAGUUUGUCCUUUCUUAUGAAAUGUAGAGGCAUGAAAUAAAGAUGCAUUAACUUCACUUGUGUCUCUGUGUCUUUGCUGCAGAAUCACACUCAGUCAUUCACUGAAUUAUGUAUAUCGAAUUAGGGGAAACGGGGCUGUCAACGCUGGGGGAUUGCCGUGGGCUGUUUGUUGGAGACAAUGUUGCUGUUAUAUAAGUUCCCUGUUCUUAUCAGAGGGGAAAUGGAAGCGUAUGGAAGUUCAUUAACAAUAAACCUAUUGAGAGAGCAAAACAAAUUAAAGCGGUAAUUAAUCUGCGAGUUGAGAUUUAAAGAUUGUGAGUGAUUCAUGAGGCGGCGAGCAAGGACAGAACUAAAAGUGGAAUCAGUGUGUGGAGCAGAUUUAUAUCACUAGAGAGGAUUUAUAUUAUGAGAUUUGAGCGAGAAGUAGAGCUUCCUCUGUUUACAUUUUUAAAGUUGCAUGUUCUCAGUUUUGGUGAUUUCUAUCACCAGCGAGUAAACGCCAGGACAAAGUAGAAAUCCAUUAUCAUUGUCAUUCUGUUCAUAACAUCAGGCUUCUUCUCAGAGCGGUUCAUUAGCCUUUCCAUCUGUCAAAAUUUUGACUGUGAAAACAUGAAGUUUUAUCCUUAUAAGACCUGUACUUUUGAGCCUUUUAUACAGAAAGUACACACAUUCUGUUAAAUCAGCUGGAGAAAACUGUCAGCGGCCUUUUUCUUACUGUCAACAAGUCCCAUGAUGAGACCAAAACUAACAAUUAAUUGAUCCUACUAACAAGUAUUUCAUGUGUAGCCAAUGCUUUACUUUACAUAGCCUAUUCCUCUGUGCCAUUCAGCUCCAUUGUUGUUUUCCAAAACCUAUUAGAAACACAUCAGUGAGCCAGCGCUCCUUCAUUACGAUGAACACAGACGGUGGCGUUUAUUUUUCCACAUACAACGUCCUGCUGCCUUCAAUACGUGCAACCAAUCUGCAGCUAAAAAUACACACAGUCCCCAAAUAGACGACAUAUUCCUGUUUGAAAGACGUUCGCUAAAAAACAUCAGAACCCAGCUGUUUCAGGAAAUUACUUACCCUUUUUAAAAGAUGAAAGAUUUCAAUAAACAUGCAUGAAAUGAGGAUUUUAGGCUCAAAGGUUUUGUUGCAUUUGAUAAACUGUCCCCACAUGCUCUCAUGUUGACUUGUAGAUUGAUUAUAGUUUGAAUUAAUUUUGUGACGACUCACGUAUUUAAUAAACUUGCAUGGAGUUUUACUACAGAGGCAACAUAUAAGUCAAUAAGGUCAUACUGGUGAGCUGGGGCAUGCUGGGCCCUCAGCUAAAACAUACAGAUGUGUCCCUUAAGUCUAAAAAAAAUUAGUUUCCCCCAUUUAAAUUACCUCCUUGUACUGUUUGAGUGAGAUGUUUUUAUAAAUCGUCAUAGUGGAUUUCAACUGUUCGGUGCUGCCUGUGGUAAGAUUUUGGUUUGGCAUUUAAAAACAGAACAAAGGGGAGACAGCUUUGUGCCAUCAUUUAAUGACGUUAAAAUGAACCAAUACAAAUGCAGAGAUUUAAAGUGGUAUGUAAAUGUCAGCUACCAGGCCUUCUCCGUGCAGGAAGUGACUGAUCUAACCCAAACUGAGCUCCACUACGGUAUAUACAGUAUCCACAACAGACUUCCUCAGCUACGGCCAAAGGACACAAAUACAACCUCUGGCUAUAUCAAACUACUAUCCCACUUUGCAUGUUUGUGUGUUUUUAUUUAUUUACUGGUAUCCAUAGGAAUAAAAAAAAAUACCUUGAAAAAAAGGGAGGCUUCUAUAUCGAAAGUGAAUAAUAUUAGUCAUAUUUAAACUCCUAUGGAAAGAAAAACAGAAAAAUCAGGAAAUCCCUUCACAAAUUGAUUUGCAGUGAUGUCUCUUAAGUAUAAAAAUAUUGUUCAAUCAAUACAAGGUGGUGUAGUUAAAAUUAAAAUAACUAUGUAGACAGCUGUGUUGCUAAAUAAUCCCCAGACCCAACAGGUUACGUUAUAUACAUCAAAACUGCUCACACAAAACGUUUUUCUAUACAUAAGUUACGGCAUUCACACAUUCAAAAGUGGAAAUACUAUAUAAUCGCAACUCAAAAAAAUUCAAAUAAAAUAUAACAAAUGCAAAUAUUCAGUAAAUGCAAUGUGAUACAGGCUUACAGCUAUGAGAAGAUGCAACACAAAACAAAAGUGAACUGGAUUUACAUGUCAGCUGUUAAACUG